AUGGGUAAUGGUGUGAAGGAAGGCGUGGUGCGUUUGCGUGAUGAUGCCGAGCCCGUCCUGCCCGCGCACGUCUCCUCAAAGAGUGAUCACAGGCAAGUUCUCAGCUCCCUUCUGUCUGGGGCACUGGCUGGUGCUCUUGCCAAAACAGCUGUAGCUCCCCUGGACCGAACCAAAAUCAUCUUCCAAGUGUCCUCAAAAAGAUUUUCUGCCAAGGAGGCCUUCAGGCUCCUCUACUUCACCUACCUCCACGAAGGCUUCUUGAGCCUGUGGCGCGGCAACUCGGCCACCAUGGUGCGUGUGGUACCCUACGCCGCCAUCCAGUUCAGCGCGCAUGAGGAGUACAAACGCCUCCUGGGCAGCUACUACGGCUUCCGCGGAGAAGCCCUGCCGCCUUGGCCCCGCCUCCUCGCGGGCGCGCUGGCUGGAACCACGGCCGCCUCGCUGACCUACCCGCUGGACCUGGUCAGAGCGCGGAUGGCUGUGACCCCAAAGGAGAUGUACAGCAACAUCUUUCACGUCUUCAUCCGCAUCUCGAGAGAAGAGGGGCUGAAGACCCUCUACCACGGAUUUGUUCCGACCGUGCUGGGGGUCAUUCCCUACGCCGGCCUGAGCUUCUUCACCUAUGAGACCCUCAAGAGCCUGCACCGAGAGUACAGCGGCCGCCCGCAGCCAUACCCCUUUGAGCGCAUGAUUUUCGGGGCCUGCGCUGGCCUCAUCGGGCAGUCUGCCUCUUACCCGCUGGACGUGGUGCGGCGGCGCAUGCAGACGGCCGGCGUCACAGGCCACCAGCGCACCUCCAUCGUGCGCACCAUGCGCACCAUCGUGCGGGAGGAGGGCGUGGUGCGCGGCCUCUACAAGGGCCUGAGCAUGAACUGGCUCAAGGGCCCCAUCGCCGUGGGCAUCAGCUUCACCACCUUCGACCUCAUGCAGAUCCUGCUGCGACACCUGCAGAGCUAG